CGCAGGCUUUGGUGUCUUGUGUGGUUAAGGGGAGUUUUGUCAGGAGAGAAAGACAUUACAUGUGCUUGUUGCACAGGGCUCCAACGGUAGGUCCUUUGCUCACUUGUGUGCAGGGGAUUUCAAGGACUUAACUGCCAAGCGCCUACAGUAGAUAUUGUUAGUGUCAUUUGUCUAUGGACUACAGAGACACCAUGUCUGUAGCGUAGUCGAUGGUAGGAUUCUGAAAGAAGACAAAGAUGUGAGUUUGUUAUGCUUUUGUGUAAACAAUACAAUCAGCCUCACCGAAGGAUACAGCCCUCACGCUUCGCACAAGUCUGCUCCAUCACAGCACAACAACUCUGUACAACUGCUCUGCUUUUUCUAACUUGGAAAGCAACAUAGUGUCUCAAAAGGCUCGGAUGCAUUUGUCAAUGGAUACGCUCGGAAUUGUGGACGAUAGUUGCCUGGACAACUAUGACAUGGCCAAAGGUGCUGGAUCAAGCAAUGGUGGCAGGGUCCACAGUAUUGAUGUCAUACUGGGAUUCACUAAAGACCAGGACCCUUUACUCCAUUCUGUAGGUGAUGAUGGCCAAAAAGCCAAUGGAGAAAACCCACAGCAUCCUCAGAAGCAGAUCCCGUCGGACCCCUAUAGGCACCUUUCAGAAUUGGGUGACAGCUCCCAAAACUCUUCCUACCAUGAAUCAGACAUUUUCUCCGCUGACAAAUGUGAUGAAGAAAUGAGCAGUCUGCAGAAGGAAGUGGAUGUUGCUGAAGAGGCCAUUACAGAGGAAGAGCGCACUAAAAAGAAACACAGAAGAAACCGUACUACCUUCACCACCUAUCAGCUUCAUGAGCUGGAGCGAGCAUUCGAGAAGUCCCACUACCCAGACGUCUAUAGUCGGGAGGAGUUGGCAAUGAAGGUUAACUUGCCAGAGGUUCGAGUUCAGGUGUGGUUCCAAAACCGGAGAGCCAAGUGGAGACGACAAGAAAAGAUGGAUACUAGCACCAUGAAGCUUCACGACUCACCCAUGCUAUCCUUCAAUCGUCCUCCGAUGCCUCCCAGUGUGGGGCCAAUGUCCAACCCGAUGCCCCUAGAUCCCUGGCUGACCUCACCCAUGUCCAGUGCCACACCCAUGCAUACCAUCCCAGGGUUCAUGGGUUCACCGCAGGGCCUGCAGCAGGCCUAUUCAAGUCACAGCUUCCUCAACACCCCACCUGGUAUGGUCCAAGGUAUGCAGCCAAUGGGCCCUCCCCCCUACCAGUGCCCGCCCAGCUUCAACGAUAAAUACCCGAUGGAGGACGAAAGGAGUUCCAGCAUCGCAGCACUCAGGAUGAAGGCCAAAGAGCACCUUCAGUCAAUGGAUAAAACCUGGCAGCACAUGUGAGGCACUUUGGAAGGAUUUUUGAGCUGUUUCCCGUGAAUGUUUACAAACUUAUUUUUCACUGAUUAUUUCCUGUAUCUACGUAUGACGACGAUACAUGGCACCAAAUGAGUCAGACAUAAUUUCACUGAUGCUAAUAAGCAACUCUAAAAAAAAGAAAUCAUGAUUGAUUCUCUGGGGGCCCUUUUUUGAUUUAGCUCGAAGGUUUUUGGAAAUGACUCUUAUUUAGAGAAAAUCCUCAAUAUGAAUGUUUUUACACUUUGGUUUGAACAUUUUACUGCUCUCCUGAGAGAAUAUCUUUGUGGAGAUAACUGAGCUCUGUGCUUUGGGCAUUUUCUGGUAUCUAGAUCCUAGAACUAGACAAUUGUAGUAUACAGAUGGAUGGUUCAAAGAGGGGUUUCUCUGUGUAUAUCUUUCGGUUGGGUUUUCUCCAUGAUAUUCAAACUAUUUUAAAAAAAAAGUCUAUAGGCUGUCCAGCAUAUUCUACUAUAUUUUCAGCUCAUUUGAAAGUUGGCAGACAAUUUUAUUCAAAGCAAUUCUCCCACUUAAUUCUAUUAAGCGAUAUGCGUGUGUGUGAUUUAAAUCAUUAAACUGGCCUUUUGAAGAGCAUUGAGCCCUGAUGGGGUAGGUUAUCGGAAGUCACAGAGCGUAAUCUGGCUCAGAAGCUAAUUUAGACAGACAAGCAUACCUCUUAACACCUAAUUACUGCUUUUAAAGCGAUUAACCCCGGAUUCUCAGCCAUAGACAAAAUGCCCUCAGUUGCCCCUGAAAAAAACUUUUUCAAGACCUGAUUAUCUUUGCCCCUCCCCUUCCCUCAAACUUGACAAUUUAUAUAUUUACUGAUACGGCACAACAUAUUGAUGUUGUUUUUUGUUAUGCCCUGUCUUAAUGUUCAUCUUAUUUGUAAAGGAGGCUUUUCAUUGCAUUGUUGACAAAAUAUUCCCUAAAGACAGGUGGAUUAUGAGUGAGAGAGUUAAUAGGUGCUGGCAGCCUCUCUUACCAUUGGAUGUAGCAUUGUUUUAUAUAACUGUUGGACCACAACAAGAAGGAAAUUACGUUACAUUAACCUUUAUCAGAGACGUAAUGAUAAUAUUGCUUGUGUGUUUUACACAGUACAGUAUGUUGGCAUUUGGUGUGUGUGCAUUGAAAUAAAGCAAAAAGGUGCUUUACUAGUAAAUAAUUUCCUCCUGCUUUGGAAAGGCAAUAAAAACAUGCAAUUAAAUGGAAUCAAUGGAAGAACGACUUGUAAUGCAUUUUACCAAUGCUGUCCACUAUUUGGAAAAAUAAGGUGCCAUCAAGUUUUAUCUAGUGCUGGCAAUGAAAAUAUGUGUACACCACAAUGAAGUGUAAGGAAAAGUCCUCCUUUAAAUCACUCUAAAACAUAAUGUGUCCAUCAUGGCCUUUAGAAAUGGCAACACCCACAUUGUCAGUUUUAUAGGUUUUGUUUUUUAUAUUGUUACAAUCCCUGUUGACAACAGUGGACUAAAAGGCCAAAGACGACAUUAAUAAAUGUGAGGAUGUUUAUUAUGUUUAAAAAAAAAAUUUCAUCAGUUAAGUAUUUUCUAGUACUUUUGAGUUUAAAGAAUGUGUUUUUCAUUUAACAUGUGCAAAAUACAGAAUAAAGUUACUGUAGCACCACUGUAGAAUAACGUUGAUGGUGGAUCUUGUAUUUCUUUCUACGCAUGCAUUAAUGAGCCACCAACAUGACUUAGUGCCGUUAAUGAGCGCUGGUGUACAAAAGGCCAUGUAAGCUGUGACAGAACGAGCUGGCCUGAUGGAGGCCUGUUGUGUUCGUCCAAGCCUGUGGAGCUUUGCCAGGCCGUUAGGCAGAUGAAGCUCCACUUCAUCAGGCCCAACCAGGGGUGUCAGGAGGCCCCGCCCGCUAGGCUGCAGAGGCCACAAGGGCUCGAGUUCUAAUUGCCCUCCGGUAGCGUGUGUUCAGCUGCACUAAUUUAUUUUGGAUGGCAGUUUGUAAAAAGGACUGUUUUGCAUCCCAGCACUUUUCAACAAUGUAGCACCCAGUCAACCUAAACGAAAAAGCCAACAUCAGGGUGGGAGAUUUUUUAAUUCAUAAAUAAAUAAAUGCUUGUGUCAACUCACAAAAUGGCUUAAUGAAGUGUUCAUGGGUCUGCAUAUUCAAAGGAACAAUGGUGUGCAAGGAUUUGUUUAUUUUAUUUGAAAAUAUAUAUUUCAUGUUAAAUAUAUAUAAGGAAUACUCUUGGCUUAGUAGAGACUCAGAUAGAUAAUAAUAAAAACAAUUAAACCUAGGUUUUACCAAAUUAUAUAGGCCUCUUAGCAUCUCUGCAUUAUAACAAUAAUGGAGCCACAAUAGCUAGGUAGGGAAUUUGCAUAAUAUAUUAGUGGUAAGUAUGAAGAUGAAAAAACUUAAAGUGAAUACACUAUAUUACGUGACAAUCCUUUCUCACCACACCUUUGUCAGAAAGACUUAAUGUUGCAACACCCAGAAUUUGCUAGAGACACUUUCAGAACUAGUGUUUAAUUACGCACAUUAUUAUGUUAUUUUGCUUGGCCAAGCGUGACCUUUGCUGGGGCCCGGGCUCUAGUUAACAGGCUGACUAGCGGGACAGGGUCCACGGUGGAAAUAAUAAGGGUAAGGAGCGGAAUUAAUUGGGUUUGAUUAAGAACACUUUUCAAAGGACACCAUUUUCCCCCGUUGACAUAAUUGGGGAUCAUUUAGAGGGUGGGGGGAUUUUGUUGGCUGGCGCCAGUUACUCGUCUUCGCCCCAGUGUUCCCUCUAGAAAAAAGGACAUGUCACUCAUAAAGCACCUCCUUCCUCGUCUGUCUUGUGCAUAACAUGCAUCGGCACACAUGUUAACCUUUUCGUUUUGCCAAUCAUUGCAUUGACUACCAUUCAGUCUCUUACUUUGUGUGUUCAGCAUGUUUCAGCAAAGAUCUCCGUUAGAUCCAAAGUUGCAGUUAAAACAUUGGGAGAUUUUGUGCAUUUUUUUUCUCUGAUUCUUGCUUAGUUUGGUCUUUUGAUCUGGCAACUGUAGUGUUUGAAAGGGGGUACCCAACGCAACCCUUUAUUUUCUGUUCUACAUGCUUGCCCACACAGCCUGAAUGCACAGCUUGAUUUGAUUCUUAGCAACAUCAAGCAAGCAAUGCAUUGCUUUAGAAAAGUACCUCCUAUUGUCUAGUGGUUAGGGUUAAAACAUAACUAACAUGAUGAAUUAGAAUUUGUUGCUGUAAAGUUUUGCAACGACUAGUUAUUUUCUCUUCACCUUUCACCAAUGGGAGAUACCUGCAUUCCAGUGCUGAUCUGAUUGUAGAGUUUAUGGUGGUUGGCUUCCUUUCUUACUGUAGGUGUUUGGGCUUUAUGGAUUCAUCUCUUGUCUUAACCUGUAUACAAAAUAAGCGUCAGUAUUAUCAUCUCUUUUAUUUAAUAAAAAAAAAGGCAGCAAGAUCAAAUAGGAGACCCUUACUUUUCCUUGUAUCACAUAGCGGGAUUGACAUGAUGGAAUGGCAAUAGAAACAUGUCCAACUUGCCAGCUCUGUCCUCAGUAGAUGUGUCCAUAUAGUUUGAAGCCACCAAGCUGCGUCAAAUGUUGUGCAUACAGGCAUGGAGAUGAAUUGAUUGCACUCGCUUAGUGUGGAAAUUAAUCAGUCUGACAAUGCUGUUGACCAUUGUUGUUGUUUAUUCAGUUUUAGUUGAGACUUCUAGAGAGAUGUACACAUUAGGUUUUUUAAUGUGCUUUUCAAGGACCAAUUUUGGAUCAAUAGUGAAUACUGGAAUCAUCUACCUGCACUGCAGAGUUGUGGGGUAUCACUUUUCCAUUGUCCCUCUCAGAACUCAGCUCUAAGAACCCCCCCUCUCCUGGAGAACUUGAAAUGUUUUGGCUCUAUGAAACCUGAUAUGAUUAUGUACUUAUAUGAUUCUGUCUUCUUCAAGUUUGUAUUUUCUUGGUCGAAUGCACUUAUUGUAAGUCCCUUUGGAUAAAAGCGUCAGCUAAAUGCAAUGCAACAAAAUAAAUGUAAUUUAUGCGUGAUAAAAAAUAAAAAAAAGUAUCAGUUUUUGAUAGUAAUGCAAUGACUUACCAACAAUUGAUACUUUUCCAAGUGAAGCAACAGUGUGGUUGUGAACAGUUUGUAAUAAACAUUUAAUUGAUCUGCAA